ACUCUUGAGCUUGGCGGAAUAGAAUUUCUAUCGACGGCAGUACUGUCGAAAGUUUUGGCCGGUGCAGCAGUUCGAAAUUUGGCUGUAGUCUGCCCUCGGAUUGGAUUCCAUACCUAUCUACACCAAGAAACAGCAUUAAAGCGACUGGAAACACUUCUUGUACAGCUGGAGAAUGCUGGAGUGCGCGAAAGCGUUGUUCAAGUGUUGCAAAGUAUGAAUGAAAAUGGGGUACUGGAAAUUGUGCAUGUCACUGGGAACAGUGUAACUCAAGCAGCCCGAAUUAUGAGUUAUUGGCUUGAAAUUGCCAGGGAAACAAAACGCAGGGUGAAAUUGAAAUUAUCCGGAAUAUCACAGAAUCGAACUGAUCAGGCUGUCGGUCGCCUGUUACGAAAGUGUGAUAAUGUAUUCAAAGUUGCAUUUAAAGGAUUGUCAUUGGUUCUAUCACGGGGCGAAGGUUGCGUAUGCUUGCUCGACAGAUACACGUGGUUUGGCGAGGAUGAUGAUUGA